GCUUAUUAGUUAUAAAAGUGCUUUUAAACGAAACGUUAUUUGAUACGUAAAAUAUUUAUCUUCGAAUUAAAUGAUAAAUGAAUAAUUAUAGAAACAUGUUGUCAGUAUUUAAGAAUAUUUAAAGUUUAUGAUAAAUAUAAGACUGACUCCCUCUAUGUAUUCUACGAUCAACGCGUGCAGUAGUAAAAUGGCUGCCGUAAAACGUCAAUACAUUUUAUAUCAAUAACAGCGUACUUUUGUAAAUAAUCGUGGUAAGGAGGAUUGCAAUAAAACGAAUGCCGUUCAAUUAAUAUUUUUAGUUUCCUUUUCAUAGUCGUGUGUAUGAAGGAGUGCAUGUGAACAGAAAAUGGCAGAAUUUGUGCGUGGAGGUCCGAGCGUGUCGAACAGUGCUAAGAUGGAUCACAACAGUAAAGGAGGUUCUCCUAGCACUGGUAGUGAAGAUGGUGGACAGAAUGAAUCUAUGAAUGCGGAAAAUGAAUUUGAUCCUUUUCUUGAAAAUAUACCAGAUGAUAUUCAAGAUACAGAAGAACCUGAUAGUGCUAAUGCAACAUUAUUAACAGCUCCACCAGAAAAUCAAUGGUAUCAUGGUAGAUUAGAUAGAUUUACUGCAGAAGAAAGACUAUGGGAUGCAAGUAAAAUGGGCAGUUAUUUAGUACGUGAAAGUGACAGAAAACCUGGAAGUUAUGUAUUAUCCUAUUUAGGCAGAACUGGCAUUAAUCAUUUUAGAAUUACAGCUGUGUGUGGAGAUUAUUAUAUUGGAGGUAGACAGUUCAAUAGCUUAUCAGAUCUUGUUGCAUAUUAUACUCACUGCUCUGAUCUUUUAAAGAGGGAAAGACUUAUUCAUCCUACUCCACCUCCUGAACCAGUGAAUGAUAAGAAGCGAAUAGUUGCAAUACUGCCAUAUACAAAAAUGCCUGAUACAGAUGAAUUAAGUUUUCAAAAGGGUGACAUAUUUUUUGUGCACAAUGAUAUGGGAGAUGGUUGGUUAUGGGUUACUGCACAUAGAACUGGUGAACAAGGUUUAAUUUUUCGUGAAUUGGUGGAGGAUUUGGAUGAUUCCAUUGAUCCUAAUACCGUGUUCUCUUGGUUUCAUCCUAAUGUUACUAAAAGUGAAGCUGUCGACAUGUUGGUGAAGGCAGGACCUGGUAGUUUCUUGGUCAGACCUUCAGACAAUAGUCCUGGAGAUUAUUCACUUUUCUUUCAUAUAAACAAUCAAAUUCAAAGAUUUAGAAUUGAAAAAAAGGGAGUACGUUAUCUUAUGGGUGGAAGAACUUUUGAAUGUCUUGAUGCUGUUAUAAAUAGAUAUCGGAAAGAGCAAAUAGUUGAGGGUCAUACUUUAGUUCAAGCAAUGGUAACAGAGCCUGAUGGUAGUGUAAGGGUUAAUAGAGAAGUGCAACACGCGGAAAAGAUAUAUGCAACUCUUAGAGAAUGUCGGGAACAAUCUGGAGCAAAGAAAAAUAAAGGAAUUAAAAUGCAAGGAUAUUUAGAAAAAAAAUCAGAAAAAAAUAAAAAAUGGAAAGCAUUGUAUUUUGUACUUUUAGUGGAUGCAACUGACACUCAUUUGUAUUUGUAUGACAAUCCAAAAAGGACCAAACCUAAAGGUCUUAUCGAUUUAAGCUGUGCUUAUUUAUAUCAGGUUCAUGAAAGCGUGUUCGAUAGACCUCAUUGCUUUCAAUUAGUUGAACGUGCUUUACCAUGUUUGGCAACGAUAACAUAUUUGGCUGCUCCAAAUUCAGAGAAUGCUUUAGACUGGAUUAAUGCCUUGAAACCAUUAUGUGUAUCACAACUUACUCGUGCUCCAAAAGUUGCUCGUCUACGUGAAUUACGUUCAUUACAUCUGCAUAUUUUAGAUGCUCAUAGACUUCCAUAUAAACUAGUACCAAAUCCAUUCAUUAUAGUGGCUCUAAACAAUGUAAAAGUUGCUCGCACAAAAGUCAAAACAGGAUUACAUCCAAUUUGGGAUGAAGAAUUCAUUUUAGAGGAUGUACCACCAGAUGUUAUGUCGUUUUCUUUAACAUUAUACAAUAAAGGAAAACGUAGUAAAGAUACCGAAGUGGCAGAAUUGACCGUUGAAUUGGCGAGUUUAACUAAUGGAGAAGAAAUGGAUGAAUGGUAUCCAUUGUCAGGUCUUACUCCAAUAGGCGAAUGGGGUGUACUUCGUUUACGGAUAAGAUAUCGGCACGAUCUAGCAAUGCCUCCAGAAGAAUAUAGUCCAUUGCAACAACUAUUAUUAGAUCCAGAACUGCAUGUUGUUAGAGCAUUAGCAGAUGUUUGUCACUUGGAUAGAGUACCAUUGGCAAAUAGUUUACUUAGAAUAUUUAGGCAUGAAAGAAAAGAAGCAGAUCUUCUGAGAUCGUUAAAUCAAGCGGAAGUGGAUAAAGAAGAUGAGACACCAACACUUUUUAGAGCUGCUAGUCUUACAACUACGUUAAUGGAUUUAUAUAUGAAAUCAGUUUGUACCUCUUUUUUGAAAGCCGCUUUACGCGAUACCAUAGUGAAAUUAAUUGAAAGUAAACAGAGCUGUGAAUUAAAUCCAACAAAAAUGGAUUCUCCGGAAGAUGCGUGCAGCAACGCAGAAUUUUUAUUACAAGUUUUAGACGAAGUGACAUUAAGCAUUUUUACGAGUCCUGAUGCAUGUCCAAGGACAUUGAGAUAUAUUUGUGGAUGUUUACAAAGAGCAGUUGUUGCCAAAUGGCCACAUGAAAGACUAGUCAGAACGCGAGUAGUCAGUGGAUUUAUAUUUUUACGUCUACUUUGCCCUGCCAUAUUAAAUCCUAGGUCAUUUAAUUUAAUAGCUGAACCGCCACCUCCAGCUGCUGCAAGAUCACUGGUAAUGGUUGCAAAAUGUUUGCAAAAUUUGGCUAAUUUGGUAGAAUUUGGUGGUAAAGAACCAUAUAUGGAAGUAGUUAAUCCAUUUAUUCUUAAAAAUAAAGAAAGAAUGGUCGUAUUUUUGGAUCAAUUAUCUAAUGUAACCGAAAAACCAGAAUCUGAAGGUGCAGAUCCGAGAAAUAGAAGUUAUGUUUCGGAUACAGCGAGAGAUUUAGCAACACUGCAUCAUAUUUGCGUUUCUCAUUUAAAAGAACUUCAAGUUUUAUCAAAAACUCAGCCAACAAUAAAACAAUUAGUAACCGUGACUGAAAUGCUAAGCAAACAUAAACAAAAAUACAUGGAAAUGAUACGGUAGUGCUAAAGCCAUUUGCCAUGACUAAUGCCAAACAUAACAAAACAAUUCAUAAGAUUUGACAACAGAUACACGGUAGUAUUUAAUAAUUACUUUAAGUGGUUAAGUAAUUAAACGUACAGACUGACGUGCCAUAUAUAUAUAUGUAUACAUACAUACAUACAUACAUAGAUACAUACAUGCAUACAUUCAUACAUAUAUAUGUCUGUAUAUACAUAUAUAUAUAUAUAUAUACAUAUAUAUUAUUGUAUACACACAAGCCUACAUUUACUAUUUCGUAUGUAAUUAGAAAAUAGCUUAUACGUAUAGUAAACAGUACCAUGACAGUGAUAUAGUUGACAUACAGAAUCAUAUAGGCGUAUAACAAUUUUAUAUUUACUUAGGUGCUCGAAAAUAAAUGCAAAUUAAACCAAAAAUAUUGUGUUGUACAUAUAGUUUCCCAAUUUUAUUUUUAUUUAUUUUCCAAAAAAUAGUAAUAAUUUUACUUUUAAAGCGGGUUAAAAAAUUACAUUUUUUAUACGUAUAAAUGAUUUAUUAAUUUUAAUUAUUUUAUAAAUUAAUUAUUACACUUGUAUCGUUGCAAUAGUUUUAUCAUGCCAUUAAAUGACGAAUAUUGUAUUAAAUUUAAGGUCCUAGUCAGUUAAUACAAAAAUUCUUAGAAAAUCUGUUAACAAAAA